AUGAGCGCAUCUGAAACAUCGCUUAGGGUUGUGGUCCGUGCUCGGCCCAUGAACGCGCGAGAAAACAAAGAAGGAGCUCGUCGAUGUGUGGAUUUUUUCGAAAAUACAGGACAGCUAGUGAUCAAUGAAUCAGCGACAUUUGCCUAUGAUUCUGUAUUCUCAGACACUGUUGAUCAAGAGACCGUUUACGAAAAAACUGCUCUUCCCCUUCUCGAUCGCAUAUUUGCAGGUUUCAAUGCAACUAUUCUCGCUUAUGGACAAACUGGGAGUGGUAAAACGUACACAAUGGGAACGGAGGACAACGAUGGAACCGAUGAAAUGCGCCGUGGAAUCAUCCCUCGUCUCGUACAUGCGCUAUUCCAACGCAUCAUGGCUACGGAAGCUCCAGAGGCAUUCACUGUUACCGUUUCCAUGUUCGAGGUUUAUGGUGACAAUGUCUACGAUCUUCUCCGAGCUGACAAAGUGAAGUUAAAUGUUCAUGGAGAUGAGAAGAACUGCACAAUCGUCAAUUUGACUGCUGUUCCGGUGAUCGACUUGAAGGGUGCACUGAAACAAUUGGCAACUGGAUGUCAUUAUCGUACGAAAGCAGAGACAGCAAUGAAUGCAAUGUCGAGUAGAUCUCAUGCUGUGUUCACCGUUUUUGUUGAAAAAACUGCCACGCCUGAUAGUGACAGUGCUUUUUCGGCUAAACUGCAGCUCGUCGAUCUGGCUGGGUCAGAACGCCUUAAAAAAACGGAAGCGGAAGGAAAUCGAAUGAGAGAAGGAAUCAACAUCAAUGCGGGUCUUCUCAUUCUUUCACAAGUCAUCGCUGCUCUUGCUACGAAGCAAAAACACAUUCCAUACCGAAAUUCAGUGAUUACGCGUGUACUCCAAGAUUCACUUGGAGGUAAUUCUUACACCGUCUUUCUUGCAUGUAUCUCUCCGGCUGAUACCAACUCUCAAGAAACUUUGAACACUCUACGCUAUGCGGACAGAGCCAAGCAAAUCAAGAACAAACCAAUUGUCAACAAAAAUCCGAAAGCUGAAGAGAUUGCAGUUCUUCAUGCCCAAAUCAAACGUCUCCAGCAAGAGGUGUCAGAUUUGAAACAAGGAAUAGCUCCUUCGGACGUCAAGUAUAGUGAUGUGGCGAACUCAGAGGAGAUUGUGUUGUUGAAAGAUGAAAUUUCACGAAAAACGGAAGAGUUACGAGAACGAACGAUCAAGCAAUCAGAGUGCAUCAUUCGAAUCAAUCAUCUCGCUCAGAAAAACGCCCGUCUCGAAGCUGAAAAAAUGAAAUUGUCGACAGUGAUAACAGAUGUCCGGAACACUCUCCAUAAUGAAGAAAUGAUAGAUUCGGAUGAACUAGUACGCUCUGUACAACAAUUAAUUGAUUCCGAAGAACUGACGGCUCUCCCAGAAGAAGAUCAAGACGAGACGGCAACAUGUCUUCCAUCUUCAGAUGACACGGUCUAUGAUGCCGAACGACUUCCGGAAUUACAAGCUGAAUUGGACGAUUUGGAGAAUCAAAUCGCGUUGAAAGAUGAGAAUAGACAAAAGGCUUUGGACGAACAAAGAGAGUUCAUUGAAGCUAUGAAGCAAAGAGAGUCGGAAAAAACUCAAUUGGUUGUCCGUGUCGGGGAGCUCGAAACCGAAAUCAACAAACUUCGCCAAGAGACCAAGAAAGCAAGUACUGUAACGAAAAUAGCAGAAGAGCGACGUCAAAGACUGAAGGAACUGGAACGACAACACGCCGAGGACAAGAAAACGUUGUCAGAACUCAAAAAGCUGCAAGAAACGCGUCGUCGUAUGGAAGAAACGUUGAAAAAGACAGAGGAGGAACUGAAGAACUUGAGAACUCAACGACUUCGUCUUCUCCGUGAACAACGCGCUGAAGCUAGCAAAUUCCAGGCAUUUAAACAGAAGCAUGAGAGAGAAAUGGCCCAAAUGAAGUCAAAGCUUCAAAAGAGAGAAAUGGAUGUGGUUAGACAGAAACGAGUCGAUGAUCAGAAGCUGGCUGUUCUUCAGCAGAGACUCGCUGAGUCGAACCGUAUAAACAAAACACUCCGGGAACUCAAUUUGAAACGUGCCAAUCGCAAAGGAUCCACGACUGAUGCUACUGCUAUUCAGAGUCUCAUCGAGGACGAACUGGAACUCGAAAUUACUUCCCAACGCUGUCAUCUUCUUUGUGAAGAGCUUCGCCGUCAACGACAGGAUGUUAUGCAGCGGAUUAACGAGAUCGAAUCAAGGAAGUUUGAAGGCGCAAAGAAGAGGCGUAUGUCAAGCGUAGAUCCAGACGUUUCGAUAGUCCUUCCUGGAGAAGAAGAAUUUGAGGAGAACCGUCAGAAAGAAUUGACCUCUCUUCGUGCUUCACUCGAUACUAUUAAUGAAGAAAUCAAGGAUUCAUUAAGGAAUGAAACAAUUUCUGGAAAUGAAGAGAGAUCCACAUCGAGAUGGGAGAAGGUUCCAGUCGAGAUGCGGCCAAUUCUAGAAGUGAUAUAUUCGCAUGCUGUGGCUCAUAUGCGAAAAGCAUUAGAGCUCGAAUUCAAACUAACUAAAACAAAGAAUGAAUAUUCUGCUAAAUUAGCCAUCAAAGCAUCACAAGAAGAGAAAAGAAAACGGGAAGGUGAAGAAAUGAAAAGUGAGAUCCGAGAUCUGAAGAGUAAUGUCGAGGAUGCAAAAGCCGAUCUGCAUGAACGAAUCAAAUUCCUCUUGGGUCUUGUCAUGUCAGGACAAGUAGAUGAAGAGCUUAUGCAACAUUUCGAGUCGCUCAAAAAUCACUAUUGUGAUGUGGAUCAAAAAGUAAAGAAAUUGGCAAGACGCCGUACAACCCACCAUCAAGGAUCUCUUCUGACUCCAAAGCCAGAACUGAAGAGAAACGAACGUGCUCGUCGUGCAGUGGAUCACUACGGAAAAGUUGUUAAUUCAGAAGAUGUCACGAUGGACGAUUCCAGACAUUUCCAUACGAAAAAGAUUCCAACGGUUGUCGCUAAUGAGCUGAAUCGGACAACCGAUGAGAAUGUUAGAAGAAAAGUGGCAAUGUCUCCUAUCAAAUUCGAUGACGAUACACGUCUCCCGGGAGUUUAUGAAGACAUGGAAAAUGUGGAGGAAGGAAGUUCCAACAACGAAACAUUCGUUAAAAAGUCAGAAAAUGAUUCAAUCAUAUUAAUCGAUGAUGGAACACCGUCAACAUCAUCGGAUAAAACAUUUGUAAUCAGUACUGCGGCGGAUGACGGCGCUUCAGAAGAUAUCCCUCCGAUUCGGCGCAAACAUCGUCGCACCGGACUUGGACCAUCCCUUUCCUAG